GAAAGCUAGCAAAUCAAACGUUAUGUUUUUCGGAAAGGAAAGAACAGGUAACUACCAUGGUAACUACACAUUUUUACUGAAGCUACAGUGAUUUCGAGACGGCAGCGAAAACAGCCAGUUAUGUUCACGGUAAUUAAAAAAUAGCUUUCAAGAAGAAUUAACAGACGUAACUUGACGGCUGCUGUCCCAAAGAAACUCAGCAUUUUCACUGUGUCAACGCUUUUCCUGGUGUUGCAUCUUAUCCGCGGCGAUUGCUUCCACUCGGUUCAUGUUUGUUUAACCACGUUUGAUAUUUCAGACUGCAUUUGAAGGUGCCAUGUUGUGUGACGUUUACCGAGAAAACGAAACUUAACUGUGAGUACGGCUGAAUUGAAACUGAGCCGAGACGAACAGCACGAAGAAAACAUGGAAGUAAAGUUGAGAUGAAAACGGAAAAAAAUGUCAAUAAGUAUUCUGACAUGUGCACUUUGUUGUUGUAUUACGAGUUGACAUUCCGACUAUCGAGUCAUUCAUAAUGGACGUAGCUAAACUAAACGAGUAUGCACAGAGAGAGCGUUUGGAGCUGAGAUACGAAGACAUUGGAUCUGUUGGCCCUGAUCACAUUAAAACAUUUACCUUACGAGCAGUCGUUAAUGGCAAGGCGUAUCCUGAUGGUGUGGGGAAGAACAAGAAGGAAGCCAAACAGAACGCAGCUAAAAAUGCUCUGAGAGGCUUGUUGGAGGAGCCAGUUACCUCUACAGAAAAUGCUGCAGAAACCCCUACAGCACCAGUUCAUCAGACAAGUAUCAUUCAACCCAACUAUAUAUGUUGGCUUAAUGAAUAUGGUCAGAAGACCAGGGUCAAUAUAAGGGCUGUGGAGUCAACAAGACUGGGACCAAAUUCUGCGAUUCUAUGCUGCAGCUUCAUUGUUGGUGAUAAGGAGUAUCCAGCUGCCACUGGGAAAACAAAGAGGGAAGCCAAGGAGGAAGCAGCCAAGCUUGUAUAUCAUGAGAUAUGUGGCAGUAGAACUACAGAGACUGGAGAGGAGAAGGAUAGUGGCAUAUCCAGUCAACAAGAAGAGAAAUUAGUCCAAAAUGUGUCGGAAAUCUGUGAUAAGACAAAGAACUUGAGUGUGAUAUCUGAAGACGAAGGUUGUACGGGGACAAAUUUCAUAGGAAUCAUCAAUCACUACUGUCACAAAACAAAGCUCUUACAUGACUACAAGUUAGAGAAAAAAUGCGGUCCACCACAUAGCCCUCAGUUUUUCUACAAAUUAGUGAUCAACAAUAAGGACUACCCUGUGGCUGAGGGUAAGAGCAUCAAGGAAGCCAAACAAAAUGCAGCUCAGCUGGCCUGGGCUGUUCUUCAAGAGCAAUCGGACUGGGACAGCAAGGUAUCGGUUAGGUCAGUUGUGUCUGCUGAUAGUACACCAGCCAGGCUGUGCACACCAACAAGCAUACGGGAGUCCCGUCCUGCAAAGCCAAAAAGUGUUCCAGUGAUUACAAGCGACUCAGCUGUUGUUCAUUCACCCGGUCCUCCCAAGGAUCAGAUUCAGAGUCCUGACGUGAAGCCCAAAAUAAGAAUUGCAGCAAAUUUCCUAAAUGCCAAAAGAAACAGCAAAGAGGAUAUAAUGCCGAAUUUCAAUGGCAAGAAUCCAGUAAUUAGUCCGAGCAAGAAAAGAACAACUCAGUCAGCGACCUCAAGGUUUACAUCAGAGUUUGACUCCAUAACGUGCCUGGGCAAAGGAGCCUUUGGUUGUGUUUUCAAGGCAAAACAAAUCCUGCUGAAGAAGUUUUAUGCUAUAAAGAUUGUCCGCUGCAAAGAUAUCAAAAAAGCUCUACGAGAGGUGAUGGCAUUAUCAGACCUCCAUCACUGCAACAUUGUUCGAUACUACACAUGCUGGUUGCAGAGCUCAGGAUACCAGUGGGACAGUACAGAUGAAACUGGUAGCACUUCACAGUCGACUGGCCAUUCAUCAGUAAAGUACCUCUAUAUCCAGAUGGAGCUGUGUGACACCAGAACACUAAGAGUGUGGAUAGACGAGAAGAACAUGCAGAAUGUGAAGAAAUCUCUGCGAGACUCAAAGAGAAGAGAAGAAAGUCUAACUAUUGCUUAUCAAAUCGUCAAUGCGGUGGAGUACUUUCAUUCCAAGAUGCUUAUCCACAGAGACCUGAAGCCUGCCAACAUCAUGUUUGGCCUUGAUGGAGAAGUGAAGAUCGGAGACUUUGGUCUGGUCACUGAUGAGAACGAUGACGAUGCUGAGAACCUGGUGGAGAGAACGGUUUACAAAGGAACCCCUUCAUACAUGGCUCCUGAGCAGAGGAGCAGGAGCACUUAUGACCGAAAAGUGGACGUAUUUGCUUUGGGGUUGAUAUAUUUUGAGCUUCUUUGGAAUCUCCCUACCGGCCCUGAAAGGAAAUUGUUUUGGGAUGAUGUCAGAAACCGGAAUUUUCCUCAAGGAUUUACCCACAAUUUUCCCCUGGAGUACAAGAUCAUUAAGUCAAUGCUGUGUGCAAAGCCAGAAGACCGACCUGAAGCAACUAAACUGAAGGUGGACUUGGAAGAGUUCACUCGUACACUUAUAAUGCUUAAAGAGGCACAGCGCAACAGUAAGACUUCUGUGAUGGAAACUGGAACCUAUGUUGCUGAACUAUAUAAGUAUGCACAUAAAACACGCUCCCGACUGCACUAUGAGGACCUUGGAUAUGUUGGGCCUUGCCAUGAUCGAACAUUCACCCAGAGGGCUGUCCUAAAUGGAAAAGCCUAUCCUGAAGGCGUGGGGAAGAACAAGAAGGAAGCCAAAAAUAAUGCAGCUAAAAAUGUCAUGAAAUUCUUAGAAAGAAAAAAAACCCAGGACUUAGUUGACACAGAUGCAGUUGAGAAAGACAGCUGUGCAUCAGGUCAGCAAAGGGAGGAUAUAAAUCAAGAUGUUUCCAAUAUCUGUACUAAGAUAAGAAGCCUCAGUGCGAACUCACAGCUUAACAGAAACCAGCGGACACAAAGAGAGGAGGCCAAGUUCACUGGACUCAUUGCGCACUACUGUCAGAGAACAAACCGCUGCCAUUCAUACAUAGAAGAGAGGAGAUGUGGUCCACCUCAUGAUCCUCAAUUUUUCUACAAAUUAAUGAUCAAAUCAUCAGAGAUCAUUACGUACUACCCUGAGGGUCAGGGUAAAACUGUCAAAGAGGCUAAACAGGAUGCAGCUCGGCUGGCCUGGGAUGCUCUUCAAAAACAGUCAGACUUUGACAGCAAGGUGUCCGUCAGAGCAACAAUGUCUGAAGACAGUGCACAAUCUGUAUCGUUGUCACCAUCAACUGCCGGGGUGUCCCAGGAAGCAUCAUCACAAUCAAUGAGCAUAUUCCCCUCCAAGGCUCAGGUUCCCUUAAGGUCAGCUGCUUCUGAAGAUGAUGCACCAGCCAAGUUGUCAACACCAACUUCACUGGAAUCUCUUGCAUCGUCACAAAGCAUGUCAACGGGUACAAGUGGCUCUGGAAAAUUCACAGAUUCAUCAAACUCUUCCAGUGAUCAGCGUGAUGUCAAAAAGAAGAACAUGGGAAAUAAUCAGAAUGAGGCUCAGUCAAGGUUUACUUCAGACUUUGAACCCAUGGAGUGUCUGGGCAGUGGGGCCUUUGGAUGUGUUUACAAAGUGAGACAUAAACUGCUGGAGAAGUUUUAUGCUGUAAAGAUUGUCCGUCGUGGAGAGAAAUCUCUUCGAGAGGUGGGGACCUUGUCAGACCUCCUCCACUGUAAUAUAGUGAGAUACUACACAUUUUGGAUGGAGGAUUCGGGAUACCAAUGGAACAUUUCAUCUGACAGUAACAGCUCUUCCCAGUCUACAGAUAAAUCAUCGGCAAAGUACCUCUAUAUUCAGAUGGAGCUAUGUGAUACCAAAACACUUAAAAAGUGGAUUGAUGAGAAGAACACUGAGACUGUGCCAGACCCCAAGAGAAGAGAAGAAAGUCUGAGCAUUGCUCAGCAAAUAGUUAGUGGAGUCGUAUAUAUUCACUCCAAGAAGCACAUCCACAGGGACCUGAAGCCUGAUAACAUCCUGUUUGGAGUGGAUAGAGAAGUGAAGAUUGGGGACUUUGGACUGGUCACCAGAGAUGAUAAUGAUGAUGAUGAUGAUCUGAUGGAGAGAACGGGGAACGAAGGAACCACAUCUUACAUGGCUCCUGAACAGAAGAGGGAGAAGACCUACGACCGGAAAGUGGACAUAUUUGCGAUGGGGUUGAUAUAUUUUGAACUCCUCUGGAAACUCUCUACCGGCCACGAAAGAGUAGUGGUUUGGGAGGAUGCCAGAAGCCAGAAGUUCCCUGAGGAGUUUUCACAGACUUUUCCCCAAGAGGAUGAAAUCAUUAAGUCAAUGGUACAUGACAAGCCAGAAGAACGACCUGAAGCAAAUCAGCUGAAGGCGGAGCUGGAGAAGUGGGCUCAGGAGUUCAACGCACAAAAUAUGCACGAGAAAAAUGCAACUGUAUGAUAAUCACAAGGCAGCAUGAUGAUUCAGAAUUCCGUAUGGAGCUCUAUCUGUUCAGAUGUCUUUGGUCUAAUAAUGAAAUGGUUUCAUAUUCCGUUAUAAUAUGAUUUUGUAUGAAAAUGGUUAACAUACUGCACUUAUAGAGCUGGGAUCAGCGCCCUCUCACACACAUAUUUAUGCAAUCUACCUAAGAAGGGGACCUAAAAUGGUUUUAUAAUCAGGAAAUGGAACAUGAACAUUAGCAUAAUUAUAAAAAGUAGCCUUAGCUACAAUCUGUCAAGCUUUUUAGCUUCCAAAUAAUCAUGUGCCUGUAUUUUCUGUUUCCAAACUUGUGUUUUAAGUGAUGUCACAGUGCAGUUUUUGUUUUGUACUGAAUCUGUUUGUAAUGGUUAUCUAAACACUAAACGGAGUGAGUGCUGCAGCUGCUGCAUCUUCAUCCUUGGAGAAGAUUUACAGAAUGACAGUUCGUGACACCAAUACUUUUUAACAUUUAAACUGGCUACAGUGUUGUAAUGUUUUAUGAGUUGAAUUAUUUCAUUAAAAAGCUUU